AUGUCUUUCCUGGGUUUUGGUGGCGGUCAGCCUCAAUUAUCAUCUCAGCAAAAGAUUCAAGCUGCGGAGGCUGAAUUGGAUUUAGUCACUGAUAUGUUUAAUAAGUUGGUUAAUAAUUGUUAUAAAAAAUGUAUCAAUACUUCUUACUCCGAGGGUGAACUGAAUAAGAAUGAAUCUUCGUGCCUAGACAGAUGUGUGGCCAAAUACUUCGAAACCAAUGUACAAGUUGGUGAAAAUAUGCAGAAAAUGGGCCAGUCAUUUAACGCAGCCGGCAAGUUUUAG